AUGGAUGCAGAAGAUGCUGAUUAUUUGUGCACCCCAGAGGAAAAUGUUUACAAGAUAGACUUCACCAGGUUCAAAAUCCGGGACAUGGAAUCUGGCACGGUCUUGUUUGAAAUCACCAAGCCAGCAGCUUCAGACGACUGUGACGGAGCUUUGCUUUGCGCUUUUCCAGAACGUGAACACAACGACAAGAAGGACAUCGACCCCAACGCUGGACGCUUUGUGCGCUACCAGUUCACCCCGGCUUUUCUUAGACUGCGGCAAGUGGGAGCCACGGUGGAAUUCACAGUAGGGGACAAACCCAUUAAUAACUUCCGCAUGAUUGAGAGGCACUACUUCCGCGAUCAGUUGCUGAAGAGUUUUGAUUUUGAAUUUGGGUUCUGCAUCCCCAGCAGUAAAAAUACCUGUGAGCACAUCUAUGAGUUCCCCCAGCUCUCGGAGGAUCUCAUUCGAGAGAUGAUCCUUCAUCCCUACGAGACACAGUCGGACAGUUUCUACUUUGUAGACAACAAGCUCGUGAUGCACAACAAGGCAGAUUAUUCCUACAGCGGAGGACCUUGAGCACAGGCUGGACAGCCAACCUGCGCUGGCCUUCCCUUUCCCACCCAAGCCGUCAGGGAUACCAGCACCUUCUGUUCAGUUGCCCACAGCGUCAACUGGACAAGGAUCCACAAACCAAGGACUCUUUGCCACAGUAGGAGUUUCAUGACUAAAUUUGCCAGUCUCGUCUCUUUUUUGAGCUUUGAAGCAGGCCCGGUUCUUCGGAACUUUGAGCGGUUCCACAACGGUAAAUGGUCUUUGGAUACCACUUCCCUAAGUUCUUUAAGAGUCUGCUUUGAAAAUGGCCUUGUGGGACCUUGGGAGAUUUGGCCCCAAUUCUGUGGAUUUGUGUUCUUGCCCUCAAGUAUCUUUUAGGACGUGACCAUGGAAGCUGAUGGAUGCAAAUGCAGAGAUUUUGUUUGUUUGUUUCCCUUUGCGGAUGCUUCCAAGGCAUGACCAAUUUAACCUGUACAUCCCGUUGAAAAUGUCGAGCAUAACAUCUUACAAUAGCAAGUUUCAUCUUUAGAUCAGUUCUCCAAAUAAGUAUCUCAUCCUUUAGUGUUGUUCCUUCUACGUAAUACCCUGUUUAAUUGUGGAAACACUGAAACUUGUGGCGAAGGCAGUAAUUCAGUGACAGAGCUGUUUUUAGUCGGGUACCGUCCUUUUACAUUUCAGAUGAAGGCAAAAUAGCACUGAGGGUCCAUGAGCCUCCAUCAGCAUUUUCCGUUAAUUUCAAUUUUUGCAAACUGAUUGCAGAAUAAUCAGGAAAAAUUGAAGGAUUUUAGCUUUAUUUAAUACUUUCACAUAGCUAAUAUUCAGCCUAUUCAUGCUAUAUGUUUUCUGUGUCUAUUUUAUUUCAUCUCUGCUUAAUACUGAGAUAAGGGCUUCAGCACCGCUUGUUAGAGCGACACUUUCUUUUGUCUAGGGCAGUUGGAGAGCGUGGGAUUUCCAAUUUUCCACUUGCAUCUGAAUUUGAAGAAUGUUAUGACAGUGUUUUCCCUUUGUUAAAAAUAUUUCGCAUCGGAUAUUAAUACAGGUGGAAGAGUAAGUCUAAUAAUGUGGGACUUGAAGUCACAGCAAAAAUUUAGCAAAAGCUCUCUCUUUAGCAAAAGCCUGUAAGAAGUUUAAGACCAAUUUUGCCCAAGUUCCUCAGUGUUUGCUGCUUAGAAGGAUAGAUGGGCAGAGAAGCAGCAGCCUCAAAAGAGCAGAAAUUAAUGUAUGCAAAACAAAGCCUGAGAAGGGGUGGCCUGUUGUCAUGAAACCCUUACUCUAAAGGUCAGUUCACUGAUACUUUAAAAAACAUAAAAGGCAGUUGCGGUUUGUAGAUAUUUCUAUAAAUACUUGAUGUCUCCAUGUCUAAUUCUGUGAGUUUAAGUGGAACAUUAUAUGUUAGCCUCAGAUAGGUGUGAUUGUAAUACUUUUUAUAAAAUCCCAUGUCCCGUCGUGAUUAACAUCUUCCUAGUCACAGCCUGAGUCAAACAGAACUACAAAUGGUUCCAACCGUAGCCGUCUGCCUGAGAACAGGGAGGGUUUUGUGCUUUUCUUGGGGUUGUGAUCGCUAUUAAAUGUGUUACCAUUUGUACUUGGCUUGGCUUGCUCUACUUCCGAAAGAGGAUUCAGUUUUCUAAGGAAAAUGCAGUGAGUUUAGGUUACAGCACAGAAUUUUUUUUAUUAAGAUUGAUAGCUAAGAAAGUACCUAAAGUUCACUGGUUUUACACAACUAGUAUCUUGUAGUAAUUAUUAUCACAACGAGACUUGUAUUUUUCACUGUUUUUUGUCUCUAGUGUAUUAAAUCAUACAAUUAGCCCACGGCUGAACUACCUGUUCCAGAGUUACAAUGAAUUUCCUCAUUAUCUGUCCGAUGCUUUGAGCUACUGAUCAUGAAGUUUUAUAGCACAAUAAUUACUAAAGGUGGAAAUAGUUUCCAAAAGUCUAGGUCUGGCCUCUGUGUCCCCCCCCUCCCUUCUUUUUUUUUUUCAUCAGAGCUGUUAAACCAUCUAUAUAUUCAGUGACAUUUUGCAAGUUUAAGUAUUUAUGAAUUUUGUUGCUUCUCUUGAAGGAGAAAAUACACCGAUUUGAAGGCAGAAGAGUGUGUGUAUUUAUCACUAGCACCUUAUACAGGGAUUUUUUUUUUUUUUUUGAGUAUUUUUAAACUCUCACCUGCUGUUUAUAAUAAUGAUUUCUGUGCAUAAGAUUUUUAAAAGACUUCUAGCCGUGGUGCUUGCCCAGGAUUGUCAGUAGCACAUUCCAAACAGAAAUACACAUCUGGGUAUGUUGUGGUGGGACCGGUUGUACUUCGGUAUGGAAUUUUGUCCAUCUUGAGUCGUGGGACUGAGUUUCCCCUCCAUUUAUCAUAUCAUUGUCUGCUGAGCUGACAUAGUCAUGUUCUGCUCAUUUAUUUAUUUUUUUCUUUAAUGCUACCUCCUUUUAAGAGUUUGGACUGCAAAACCAAAAGUAUUUCCAUAAAAAUAUUACUGUAAUCAAUGCAAAUUGAGUGGAAGACGUGCCCAUUUAAAAGAGAACCUUGAGAAAGUGACCUUGUUCCCAACAGUGGGGUGUGUUGUUGAGUGGACUUUCUGACACUCUGCAUUUUGUGGCAGUUUUGAGGUUAAGCGUAAGAGGACAAACUAUCCCCUCCUGAUCUCUUGAAUUCUAACUGUUCUGAUAAUUUGGGUUCUAUGGGUAAUCACUUCAGCUGACAGAAAACUUACUGUGAAUCAUAGAGGAGAUAGUUUAUUGAUUGAAUUUGUUGUCUUCUGUUAUUAGGAAUACUUUAAAACAGAAAGAAAAAAAAAUUGACGUUUUCAACAAAAUAAGUGUCAAGAUAUUUUAGCUUUAGCUUAUCAGUUUGAGGAUUAUUUUUUUUUUUUAGAUGUCCCCACAGUUUUGCCACAAAUAACAAAAUAGUUCUUGUAUGUUGUUCUUUGCUCCCAUUUAAAAAAACCCUCAUUUUAAUUAGCACUACAGCUCUGUUUUAAUGAGCCAGUCUGGAAAUUUGUGAUCUGACUUUCUGAAAGUGAAAGAAAAUACCUAAGAGCUAACCAAGAUUAUCUGCUAAUAAUGACCAGCUGUUUCCCAUCAUAAGACAGGAUUAUCUGUGUGCUUUACAGGGUGAAUUAAGCUUGGAAAAAGAAACUAAGUCUCUGUGAGUGCUAAUAGUGACAUAAUUUUUAUGAGAUUCAAGGAAAUUAUAACUCAACACAUUCUUUCACUUAUUUGGUCUUGUAUUCCUUUAAACUUAACUUUUUUUUUAAAGAAAAACAACAGUAAUGCAUUUGUGGCUGUCAUGCUGCAUAAUAAUUCAUGGGCUUUGGUGGCAGAAAGAGACUAACUUAUUUUUGAAAUUAACAUAUCAAGGAUAAGAAUGGUUUAAAUUCUAGAAACUUUGUUCUCAGAUCAGUGAAAAAAGCUAAAAUUGUUUCUGUGAAUGUGUCCUUUAUGUGGGGACAUUUAUGAAAUAACCGAAUAAUCCACUCUGCUGACUCGGAAGAAUUUUUUUAUUUUUAUGUAGGAGGUCAGCACAAGGUUUGAAAGCAACGUGUUGGGGUUUAGUUCUUGCUCAUCAUCUCUCUCUAUGGCUCAUUUUUGAGCAGGUCCAUCAUGCAGCUCUGUUUGCCACUGCUGCCAAGUUCCAAACUCCUUCAAUUUGAGCAAAAGGACUAUUAAAGUUCAUUGAGAAAUAGUGCUACAUGUUGACCUGUAAAAAAACUAAAUUCCAAUCUUCGUGACAAAAAUUAAAGGGGACUCCUGUUCGUGCAAAGAUUAUUUGGGGGCUAUUUGAGGGAAGAAAUGCUAAUAUCCAACUCUCCUACUUGGUAAGUAUUAUAAAAAUGUUAUAUUAACUAUUCAUAACCUGGAGAAAAUAUGCUUAACAGCUCAAUUUUAAUGAGAUCUGGUUAGGAAUGAAACUAUAGAGAUUAUUGCUGUCCCUUAUUGGGUGUGCGUUGGGGGGAGAGCAACUGGAACAUUGCACGAAAGCCAGACAGGUUUGGAGGCAGUGACUCUAGUGGUACAAAUUAUCUUGGGGAAAAAAUGAGGGAGAGGGACAAGGACAGGAAAAGAGUUAAUUUCAGCUAAUUGGAACCAAGAACUUUAAGUGAAUGCUUUUUUCUCUUGCUUUUGAGGUAGCUGGCACCUUCUGUUCACAGCUCUUUCCUAUUCCCCCCAGCACAAGCACUACCUAAGUUUGUACAACUGCUCCGAUAUUAGUCAGAUACUAAAUCUCAGUGACAGCUCCUAUCACUUUCUGAACUUGGAAAUGUGUUAGAGGAGCAGUGAUGCAGCUCAGCUGUUUCCUAAACCACAGGACAGGCUGACCGAGCGGGUGACGUUGUGUGUCUGUGUCCCUGUCCCCAGGCUGUAGCUAAUGCCUCCCUGGGAUCACUGUCAAUGCCUGCUGCCACCUCUGCUUCUGUCUUAACUGGCACUGAGAAAACCUGUUUGAAUGUGACAUUGACUUUUUUUUUUUUUUUUUUU